AUGCGCACGGCGCUCCUCGACCCCACGCUCGGCUACUACGCCUCGGCACUCGCUGGCGCCGACAGCGAGAGUGCCGCAGGCGCGGCGCCGCGCGACGUGCUCGGCACGCACGGCGACUUUAUCACCAGCCCCGAGAUCAGCCAGGUGUUCGGCGAGCUGCUGGCCGUGUACCUCGUCUCGCGCUGGCAGGCAGCCGGCUGUCCGUCGCGCACGCGUCUCGUCGAGCUCGGCCCGGGCAAGGGCACGCUGCUCGCCGACGUCGUCCGUACGCUGGCGCGCUUCCCGCUGCUGCUCGGCACGCUGGAGUCUGUCCACCUCGUCGAGGCGUCGCCGGGCCUGAUGGCGCUGCAGGCGAGCGCGCUGGGUGGUGCGCUCGAUGCGGCUGGCGUGCCGAUGCGCGCCGCGGGCGAGGAGGUGCCGGCCGGUGCGCCGCGCGGCGUCGAGACGGAGUGGUUCGCGCGCGUGGAGCAGGUGCCGCUGCAGCCCGACGUGUGGACGAUGGGUGUGGCGCACGAAUUCUUCGACGCGCUGCCGAUCCACAUCUUCGAAAAGACGGCCAAGGGCUUCCGCGAGGUGCUCGUCGACAUCGAGCGCGCGCCGCAGGGCCACACGAUCCUGCGCCCGUCUGACCUGAAGCCGGCGAGCUCGAAACCCGCCGCGCCGCCGUCGACGAAGCUGCGCUAUGUACUGGCACCCCAGCCCACACCCUGGUCGCAGCUGCUCGCCGAGCGCUCGCCGCGCUUUGCCGGCCUGCAGCCCGGACAGCGGCUCGAGGUCUCGCCUGAGGCCUGGGGCGCGGCACGGCGCUUCGCCGAACUCAUCGCCGGGCGAGAGGCACCAGUCGUCGCCGAGGACGGCGCGCGGGAUGCGGCGGCCGAAGAGGCGCGCCUGCGCUCCGAGUCCCUCGGCGGUGCUGCGCUCAUCAUCGACUACGGCGACGACAAGGCGUUCGGCAACAGCUUCCGCGCGUUCAAGCAGCACAAGAUCGUCGACCCGCUGGAGGACGCCGGUGCGGCAGACCUGACGGCGAACGUCGACUUCCACCACUUGAAGAGCGCUGUCGCGACGACGGACGCGCGUGCUCUGGGACCCAUGUUCCAGGCGCACUUCCUGCAAGCACUCGGCCUGGAGCAGCGUGUCGGCGCGCUCGCCAAGGCUGCACCGCCGGAGCGGCGCGUCGACAUCGAGCGCGCCGCAAAGCGCCUCGUCGAUGCCACCGGCAUGGGCGCGCAGUACAAGUUCCUGGCGCUCGAGGCCGGGCAUACAGGCGCCGCACAAGAGCAGGAGGCAGCCUCGGUCUAUCCAUUCGAAAUGUAG